CCAUGCUGAACGUGGGUUUUAAUGUCUAGAGUUUAAACUUAAUAUUUUAAAAUUAUUUUUAUAAUAUCGAUGCAAUUUUGUUCUUUAAUCAUGUUAGUUUUUAGUUUAUUUUCGGAUGAAAUUUAAAGCUAAAAUGAUGCAUCGAGGUAGUGUCAAACAAAAAUCUUCGGCAAAUGAAGACAAGCACGUAGAAGCGUGCAAUACCGAAGGAGAUAGAGACGUUUUUACAAACAGUUCAGAAAAAACUUACGAAAAAGAAAAACAUUUUGAAUCUUGCCAAAACGUAGUUAAUGAAAAUUUGCCAUUAGAUAGAAGGAAAUUUUCAAAAAGCUCCGUUCCCAAUCCCGAAAAUAAUUAUAACUUUGAGACUGUUGAAAAUAUUAAUAAUGACAAAAACAUUUCAUCACAUACAAAAUAUGCUUCCGAUCACAAUCACAUCAAUCAUUCUCUAACUUCCCUUAAAAGUUGCAACACUACGGAAAGCGACAUAUUGCAUUUAAAAGGAAAAACAAACACUGCUAGAGUAAAAUUACAGACAAGUUUUAAUACAACAACAAGUUUACCUUUUGAACAAUCAAUCGAAGAGCAAGACCUUCGAACCCAAGUGGGGCAAUGUGGUUGUAUGUCGAAAAGAUAUGUUCUGGCAAUAUUAAGUUUCUUUGGAUUUUUUAAUGUUUAUUGUUUACGUGUAGAUCUUAGCGUAGCGCUGGUUGCUAUGACUAACAACCAUACUAGAGUGAUGUUUAAUGGGACAGAAUACUUGGUAGCACCUGAAUUCAAUUGGAGUACUCAACUUCAAGGUCACAUAUUGUCAGCGUUUUAUUAUGGUUAUUUGUUAACGCAGAUACCUGGAGGUUAUAUAGCAGCAAGAUUUGGUGGUAAAAACUUGUUUGGUAUAGCUAUUUUAUUUAGUGCAGUUUUGACAUUAAUGACUCCAAUGGCUUCUAGAUCUCAUUGGAUGUGGUUAUUUUUACUACGUUUGAUAGAGGGUUUAUGUGAGGGAUGCAUUUAUCCGGCUAUGUACGCUCUUUGGAGUAGGUGGGCGCCACCAAUGGAAAGAGCGAAGCUUGUUACUAUACCCCAUUCAGGUUCUUAUGCUGGAUCAGUUGCUGGUACUCUAAUUGCUGGAUAUUUAUGCGAAUUAUGCGGUUGGGCGUGGGUAUUUUAUUUGUUUGGUUUACUUGCACUUAUGUGGGUGGCGGUGUGGAUGAUUAUGAUAAGCGAUUCACCUGAAGAAGACAACCACAUUUCGACUGAAGAAAAAAACAUGAUAUUAAAAAGUUUAGAAGAAGAUCAAACUUCACAUUUAUUAAAAGGUUCACUACCUUGGCAAAAAAUAAUCACAUCGAUGCCAUUUUUAGCAAUUCUUGUGGCGCAUACAUGUGAAGGAUGGGGCUUUGGAACUAUGCAAACUGGUCUUCCUAAAUUUUUAAGCGAAGCUAUGAACUUUCGAAUUUCAAAGACUGGAGAAUAUACAGCAACAUUAUAUUUAGUCAUGGGAAUAAACGUAUUUUUAUCAGGCCAGUUAGCCGAUUUCAUACGUCAACGCUGUUAUCUUUCGGUGACUACUACUCGAAAAAGUUUUACUGUUAUAGGUUUCUUGGCUAAUGCUGUAGCAUUCAUAAUCUCAAUGUACAUGUUUAGUCCGGAAGGAGCUGUUAUUGUAAUUAUUGUUGGCGCUGGUAUAGAGACACUGGCUUGGGCUGGUUUUGGAAUAAACCACUUAGAUAUAGCUCCAAGAUAUGCCAGUGUGUUGUUUGGUAUAACUAACACUUGUGCAACAGUUCCGAAUAUUUUAAGUCCAAUUUUAGUGGGUGUACUUACAGAUUUAGGCGAGGCAGGAUCAGGAGGGCGACAACAUUGGGAUCGUGUGUUUUAUAUCUCAGCGGCUAUGUUUUUAUUUGGAGCCUUGUUUUAUGGUUUUUUUGCUUCAGGAGAAAGACAAUCGUGGGCUGCAGAUAAAAGCGACGAAAGCUUAGAAGAAGAAGUUAUAAAAGAAGUUAUAGAUCAAACAGAGCAGAAUGAAAAUACAACACAAACUAAAUCAAAAUAGGAAAUCAGAUAUUUUUUAAUACAUAAUAAAAAAAAGCAGCAAAAAACACGACAACAACAAAAAAUGUUUACUUUCAAAGUUUAAAAUGAAACGACUCCUUAAAAAUUAUUAUUAGCCAUAACUUGGCUCCUUAGUAUUUUAUAUUUAUUAAACCUAGUUUUUUAUACAGUUAUUUGAAUACAACGUAUCUACUUUUAAAAUUGUGUUUAAUGAGGAUAUCAUCCUUAAUAGACAGAGUUUUUAAAUUAAAAUUUUGUAUAGAAUGCUUUUAUUAUCCUCAUACAAAUAAGAAUUUUUUUAAUGAAAGAUUGCAUCUUAUUUUUUUUUUAUUAAUAUAAUCACACUCAUAAAUAAAUAAAGUUGAUGUCGAAAAGAGGUCAAACUGAAAUAGUGUUGUUACAUUUCUUGUAGUAAAGAGAAGAUUAAAUUAAA